AUGGGUGGCAUCGUCUGGAAUGAAUGGGCGCGCUUGAUGUGCCUCUCAUCCUCUUUUAUUAUCUUUGUCGGAGGCAUUCUCGGCACUUUUCAACCCUUGCCAGCGUUCGAUGCCAUGAGAAAGCUGCCCGGACUCUAUGCAGAACCAGUACCGGUACUGCCGGUCAUCCUCAUUCCUCUAGGGAUGGCCCUUGCUGCGAUCGAAUACCCACUUGUGAUGCCAGAAUAUUUAAGCAGCUCGAGUGCGUUUAUGCCAAAGGUUGCAUUCUAUAUUCCCCUGGCUGUCCUGGCCCUGCUGGAAGCACAGACCGUGAAUGGAGGUGUCUAUCUUGCCAUUGGAACUGUGGCCUACUUGAUGGCCAUCCGCGCCGACUUUAUGAAGCAGCAGGCUACCUCCUCAUCACGGAUGCCAUAA